AUGGCCCAGAAUCAAGGAGAGGUUCAAGUGGGAACACCGAAUCAACCCGUGAAAGAUAAGGACAUUUAUGCUUGCUUGCCCGAUAUUCGUGUGAAUGGUCCGCUAGGACCUGAUGAUCCCUGUCCUGGAGGCGAAGAAUUACGUUGGCUGCCAGCACAGGCAACAGAUCGAGAUCUUGUUAUGUAUUUACGAGCCGCACGUUCAAUGGCAGCAUUUGCGGGAAUGUGUGAUGGUGGCUCCCCAGAUGAUGGUUGUGUAGCUGCUAGUCGUGAUGACACUACAAUUAAUGCACUAGAUGUUCUUCAUGACUCUGGUUACGAUCCUGGGCGAGCGCUUCAAGCACUAGUUAAGUGCCCAGUCCCCAAAGGUAUAGAGAAAAAGUGGUCUGAAGAAGAGACAAAAAGAUUUGUCAAGGGUAUUCGUCAGUUUGGUAAGAAUUUUUUUAAAAUUAAAAAGGAUUUACUUCCUCAUAAAGAUACAUCAGAAUUAGUUGAAUUUUAUUAUCUAUGGAAAAAGACUCCUGGCGCUAGCAGUAACCGACCUCAUAGGAGGCGCAGACAAGCAUCAUUGAGACGUGUACGUAAUACUAGAAACUCUAGAGCAGGAACACCUAAGGAACAAACACCAGAAGCCACUCCGGCUGUGCCUGAUACAAAUGGCUCAAGACCCUCACCUAAUCCUAAAGAGGCUGGAGAAAUGAGUUCAGUAACAGAGGAUGAAAACUCAGAGGAUGAUAGUGAUUCAAGAGAUGCCGGCGACUUAGCAAAAGUUGAUACUAGUAGAAGCGGUGAUAAUCCAGAAGAUUCACCAAGCAGAAUGCGUACAAGAAAUAAGUCAAAAGAACAAACAACACCAAAUGGAAGAAAAGGGCAAGAUGAAAGCGAUAAUGAUUCAAAGUGUAAAAAGCCCAAUAAGCAAUCUAAUGUACAAAGUACAAAUAACAAUGUAGCUGAAAAAGUUUUGUCAUCACCUGCUAAUAAAGAUAAUAAAAAGAAAGUGGCAAAUGGUAAAGUUGAUGUAUCUAAGGUUAAGAAGAGACUACCAGAUGAUACAAAACCAGAAGGAAUUAUGGAUGGUGAUGUACAAAUGAAAAAGAAAAAGGCUAGUGAUCCACCUGAAAGUCCAUCAGAAAGUCUGACAAAUGACAGUUUCUCGGCCAUGGAUGAAACUGAUAAUACUGAACCAGAACCAGAAGCUUGUGACUUUAGCUUCAAUAAAAAUGAAAAAGAAAACCCUGAACAAAAUAAAGAUCUGGAAUCUGAACAACUUACUAAACCAGUAGAACCUGUAAAGUCAGAUGCCAAUAAUGAGCUUACAAAUAAAAUAGACAAAGAGCCUUUGCCUCCUGUGUUUAAAGUUGUAACAGAAAAAGAUGAUAGAAGUGUACUUGAUUUGAAAACAGAGUCUAGUGGAUCCAGGAGUAUAGAAAAUGUUGAACCUAGACCUCUUGCAAUAUUCCCUAAAACUGAACUUAUUAUACCUAAAGUUACUCCCAUGUCUACAGAUGUUUUAGAGAAAAUAAAAAUCAAAGAGGAACUUGAUACCGAGGAACAAACACUUAAUUUACAGAAAGAAGAGUUUCAGAAGGAUCCUCUUUCCCAUAAUUUUACUGGACUUCCUUUAAAUCAACCAAACAAACCUCUUAAUUUAGAAAACACAAACUUUUUUGUUAAAGACAGUCAUAUUUAUAAUCCCAAACUCAGCCACAGUAUUAAGAUGGAAGGAGUGCCAAAUAAUAUAUUUAAUCCUGUGAACAUUUCAAAAGAAAAUUCAAUUAUCAGAAAUGCUAAAGACUUUGUAAGUGGGAUGCCACCAUUUUCGUAUCCUCCAAACAUGAACUAUCCCAGUGAUCCCAAUAAACACAAUCCUCUUAUUAAUCCAUUGAAGACUGUUAUUAAGUUAGAGCCAAGAGAUGAAACUAGUGAUAUGAAAAAUCAAAAUACUCCUGAAAUCUUUACAGCAACUAUAUCAACAGUAAAUAAGGUGGACUCACCUAACACACCAAGGCUAGAUAGCUUGCAAAGGAUUAGUCCAUCUCCAACAAAUGCAAGAGGACCUUCCCCAUCUCAUCUUGAACAUACAACUACCACAAGUACUGAGCCUAUAUCACCCGCUAAUACUCAAGAUAUUAAGUCACAUGAAUCAGAUGUUGAAGAAAAACAACCAACUGAUUUAAAAACUCAACCAAUACAAGCAAAACAAGAUACUCAAAAUAGUGGUUUGAGACCACCCAUGUUCCCAACACCUGUGAGGCCUGAAAAUCUUGGCAUAAGGUCAAGUGAUGCUCCAAGUAUUCCUGUAUCAGGGCAGAGUAUGCCUCCACCACCCCUGAGUCAACCAUCUAUAACUAGCCUCUUACCUCCAGGUCCAUUAAUAUCAGUGGGAAGUGGUUCUAAUGUGGGUCCCUAUGGAUUUAUGCCUACGCCAUUAUAUGGUCACCCAGGACAUCCAGGCUUAGAGAAGCCAAGCUCUUUGCCACAAAUAAUGCAACAAGUACCCCCAAGUCAUGGGCUUCAAGGAAAUAAUUUAAUACCUCCACCACCUAAUCAAAGUGAUCCAUCAUUGCCACAAGACUUGAAGAUAAAACAAGAAAUACCCGACAAUAUGCCAGCUAAUCUAUCCACUCAGAAUGUAACAGACCCACUGCAGUCCCUAAAGGAAGUAAAAGUGCCAGGUUAUCCAAUUGGAAGUGCUAUAGCUCAACAUUUAAGCUCAGAAAGAGAUAGAGAAUCAAUAUCCAGUGUUGAAAACAGCAGUAGACCCCCAAGUCAACCAACAAAUGAAAACACAAGCAUGGCAAGUGCAUUCCUUGGACCAAGAAUAGAAAGUAUUAAAAAGGAACCAGAUUUUAUACAUCAACCUCAUAUUCCUCAUACUCCUGUAUCUUCGAGUCAAGUGAAUGUGUCGGAGUCAUCAAAUGCAAUGCCACCAGUGAAAAGUCCUCAUACACCUACACCCAUAAAAAGCCUGCCCUCCCACAAUGGUACUCCCAGUCAUGGCCCACAUCCAUCAGCAACAACAUCACCAUUUUCUCGACAUUUAACAAGUCCAUCACAAUCAAGACAUAUAUCUGCAUCUCCAGUUCAACCAAAUACACCUGUCUCACAUUCAGCACUAAAUUUAAUGAAUCCUUCACCAUUAUCUAUACCAUCAACAAUACCUGGCCCAGUAAUGCAUUCAGGUCAACAGCCAGGGCCUCAUCCACCGCAUCCAUUUGCGUCCCCUCUUCACCACCCCCAUCAUCCCCUACUUCAUCCAUCCUCCAUAUUUCAAUUGUCAGCGGCAGCAGCUGCUCACGCCAUGCAUCCAUAUUAUCCGCAUCCACAUCCUGGUUAUUCUAUGCCUUACCCAUAUCCUUAUGGACCAUUGCCCCAACCUCACCCAAUACCGCCGAUGCAUCCCGCCUCAAGUACGCCAGGAAGGCAUGAUCCAGGAAAACCCUCUACAAUAGAAUCAACAACCAUGCUAAGCGCUCAUCACAGUACCAGUUCGUCUGUUACUACAAGGUCUUUAAGAGAGAUUUCUGAAAGUUCUGAAGACCCAAGAAAUCCAAAUGCAACAACAGAAAGGCAUCAAUUGCAUGAAACAACAAUGACCCAUCACCAUUCAACCAGUCACCAUAGUGCUGUGCAUACAAGUACUGAAAAACAACCGAAUCAUGUAGGAGGGGCCACAAAUCAUACUUUAUCUAUUUCUCAUUCAACAUCAAGCAGUUCAUCACAGUCUAUUCAACAUAAAAUAAAUACCCAGCAAAAAUCUAAUUCACAUUCUGGAUCGCCCCAUCAUCUAUCGGGCAGUGUCUCGCAGACUACUAGUACAUCAUCCAGUGUUAAUGUAUCAAAUAAUCAUACUCACCAUCAUUCACAUCACCUUGCGCAUCAUCCGGAGAGAUUAUCGCCUGCAGAUUCUAUGCUGUUACGUCACCACCCAAAAAUGAUGCCAGGAAACCCAAAUCACCUUAUGAUUCAACCACCAUCAAUGGGCCAUCCUAUGGGUUUAGGAUUACCACCAGGACCGGGGCCUAGUUCAAUUGAGACUUUACGGUUGCACGCCCAAGCCGCAGCGGGAUUGCAAGCGUCGCAUGCAAGAUCUGGCUCACCUCAUCAAAUGCCUCAUGGCCAUCCCCAUUUACGUGGCCCUCAGCGACCAAUGCCUGAUGAAAACCCUGAACUGAAACUUGAAACACAGUCACAACCAGAAGAAGAUGAAAUUCCAAGCCCAGCACAUAUACCUCAUGGACCAAGUCCUGAACCAAAAAUAGAAGAUACGGAAUGUCAUAGAUCACAAUCAGCCAUAUUUUUGAGACAUUGGAACAGAGGCGAUUACAAUUCAUGUACACGAACAGAUUUAAUAUUUAAACCUGUGCCAGAAUCAAAACUUGCACGGAAACGGGAAGAACGAUUACGGAAGCAAGCUGAAAGAGAUAGAGAGGAAAGAGAAAAAAUUGCUCAACAAGCUCACAGAAAAAUAGCAACACCUGAAAAACCAGAUACUAAACCGCCAUCAAGAGGUGCUAUUGAAACCAUUACAUCUCCAUAUGAUAGAUUCCCUAGACCGCCAGGCUAUCCUGACACUCCUGCUCUAAGACAACUAUCAGAAUAUGCAAGACCACAUGCAGGAUUCAGUCCUGGAAAUUUACCUCGACAUUGUAUGGAUCCGAUGCUGCAGUACCAGCUUAGUUCAAUGUAUGGAGCUGCUGGGGCCAGGGAACGGCUUGAGUUAGAGCACCUUGAACGGGAGAAACGCGACAGAGAAAUACGAGAACUGCGGGAGCGUGAACUUAAUGAUAGAUUGAAAGAAGAACUUCUGAAAAAUAAUGUUGGUCCCAGAGCUCUCGACCCACACUGGUUAGAAAUGCACAGGAGGUAUGGAAUGCCACCUCCUCCCCCACAGGGUGCUAUUCCUGUUCAGUUUGGGCUUUAUCCUCCUGGACACGGGCCUGCAUCACUUUCUCAACUUGAACGCGAGCGGCUCGAACGACUAGGCAUCCCUCCGUCAGCGGCAGGUGGGCCGCCACCCAACGUCCCCGUGACGGGGGCGCCGCCACACCAUCCACAUCAUCCACAUCCUGGGGUUGCAGCUGCCCAACUGGAAGCGGCGGAGAGGCUAGCACUCGCUGCAGAUCCAAUGGUGCGACUACAAAUGGCUGGAAUCAACCCAGAAUACCACGCGCACACUCAUGCGCACACACACGCGCAUUCACAUACUCACCUCCAUCUCCAUCCUGGCCAACAGGCGGCGGCACAGGCACAGCAGGAUGCCCUGGGUCUUGGGCUUGGCGCCGGUGCGCCCUACCGGCCACUGCCUCAUCCAGACCUGCUAGGCAGGCCGUACGCUGAGCAGUUGGCGCAGCAAGCGGCAGCCCAUGAGCAACUUCAAAGGCAGCUUCUUCUGGAGCGGGAACGAGGCUUUCUGCAUCCAGCCCACCACGAAGACUUCCUGCGUCAGCAGCGAGAGCGCGAACUGAAGGUUAGAGCUCUCGAGGAAGCGGCGCGUGCAUCGCGUCCGUAG